CUUGGCAUGCGCAUUCAUUGAGCAACUGAUAACUCAGUUCAACAGAGGAUAGUUUCAACGUGCGGGAGAAUACCGUAACUGACAGUUCACAAAUAAUCGGAAAAAUGUUCAGUUUUCAUAAACCCAAAAUAUACAGAAGCAUUAAUGGAUGCUGUAUUUGUCGAGCCAAGUCCUCUAGCUCACGAUUCACAGACAGUAAAAGAUAUGAAUGUGAAUUUGAAAAGUGCUUCCGUAUUCGUGAAAAGAGGGCAGGGGAGAUAUGCAAUGCAUGUGUCCUGUUGGUGAAGAGGUGGAAGAAAUUACCAGAAGGAACAAGCAGACAUUGGCACCAUGUGGUGGAUGCCAGAGCAGGCCCAGGAAUUAAGUCCUCAAUGAAGGUCAAGAACAACAAGAGCCCUACCAACAAUAAAUACAAGUCUCCUCUAAAGUCCAAGAAGCUUUACCCCAGUAGCAUUCCUAGAACUCUGUACGACAUCUCAGUGAAUGAGGAUAGCUGUGACAAAGAUGAGUUUGAUGGCAGUGAGAGUGAGGAAUCUGAGGCUGAGGAAAGUCAGGAGAAUUGUCAGCGUAAGAACAAAAGGAAGCAGACCGACCCACGCAUCAGUCCUUUCCUUGAUCUCAGCUACUGGAAAAAGACAGAAGUCUGCUGUGGCACAAUAUUCAAGGGCCUAAAUGGAGAGGUCUUGGUGGAUCCUCAGUUGUUACACCCCUGCUUCAGCUGCCACAAGAAUAGAAAUCGUCGCGGUGGAGAGAUCAGGCGAAGCCAGUCAACUGAUGAUACCGAGAGCAAUUCCAGUACAAACAGCUUCGGAGAAACGGAAUUCCUGGACACAUCCUGUGUGGAAAAUGAUAUGGACAAUAUUCCGUCACUGGAGAACAGUGCUGCUCUUUCUUUGACGGAGUUCAAGUGUUCAGAUGCGUUCUCCCAACCUCCUCCCCUAGCCAUGGAGUGUUAAAUCACAGUGAACUUCUGCAAAAUGUUCUAUCUGUCCAGGGGGGAUAGUAUUAUCUUGCCAAGAAGUGCAGCAAAAUUGAUUUGAAAUAUCAGUGUUGGAAUUGUAUGAUUGUAUAUUUAUGUGUGUGGUGAAAAUGAGAAUUAAUUUAUUUAAUUUUGUGCAAAAAUUGGAUGAACGGUGCAUAAAAGUAUGAAUGAUGGUUUCUUUUCUGUGAGAUUUUAAAGCAAAAAAAAAAGAUCUGUAUAAAUAUAUCCUUAUACUCAAGAACUGAGAGCCUUUUUGUGUAAAGGUGAACUUGUUGAUUCCAGACCAAAGUGGCUUGACGGCUCUAGUCAGGACAUAAUAGUCGUAGAAGCCUUCGCCUUGGGAAGUCAAACACGUAACAUUAAUGACCUUGUGAUCCUCAGUGAUUUAUUACAUGGAUACAUGCAGCAAACGAUGCAGCAGUGAUGAGAAAUUUCCACAAUGCAGUGAAUGCCUGAUGAGAGCGUUUCGAUUACUUAUUGCCAAAAUGCUCAUUUAUAUAUGUAACAUACCAUAUAUAUAUUACAAGGACUUUUUACAACCAAAUUUUACUCUGUAGUUUGAUACUGAUAUUUUCAUUGGUACACUUGUACCUAACACAAUAUUAAUUAUAUAUAUCCCAUCAUCAUCAGGCAUUUUUUUCUCUGUUGUUUCCAUGGUAAUUAUGACAACACAGUUCAUGGUCAUCCACUUUUGUGUUUUGGGACAUUUUUUGCAAAGUGCAUAGUGGUCAUGAAAAAAGAGAAAAUUACGUUUUUUUAUUGUUUUUUUUUUAAAGUAUGAAGGUCACUUUUAUGAUAUUUCACUUUACCACAGACGUGUUCCAAUAUCGCACAAAAACAAAUGUCCUCGUAAAUUGUGGAAAUGAAAUGUCAUAAAACUGAUUUUAUAAUAUAUUUAUUAUUAUUUAUAAUGUGGUACUGAAGUGCCAAGUACUUGUAUAUAUUGUUGUAUAAAGUUAUUUGUCAAUCAUUAUUUAUUUGCAAAGGAAAAAUCCCACAUGCAGUUUAUUGUUUUUUCUUGCUGUUCAAAUAUUUGGUUGUUCUUCUCUUGUCCCAUUACAAUACUCGACCAAAGAACAAUUCACUGACAGGGGUCAAAAUUGGAAAUAAACUGUACUAAGUUAAGAUUUGGCAUUAUAAAUGAACACUUACAAAAUUUUUCUUAUGUCGAAAAAAAAUAUUUUAUUUCCUGUUUCAGUAAAAGUAUCAACAACUCUUAACCUUAUUUUGCAUUGGUUUACUUCUUGCUUUAUAUACAAGUGUAAGAUUUUUUAUCCAGGAAGACUUGAGUAAAAAAGACAUUAUUUCAUUGGAGGAUGUUCUAAGGGGAAGUUGUGAUUAUUAAACUUGUAAGGAAGUUAGCCUGUGGUCUAUUAAUUAUUCUGCUUUCAUAUGUUUCUUAUUUUGCAAAAAAAAAAAAAAAAUUGAAUGUGUUUUUGACACACUUUUGUCAUUUUCACCUUUUACAUUUAUAAAUAGCAAAGGCAUUAUGCACUUAUCAUCUGGUGCUGUAAUUUAUUUUUAUUUUAACAUUCAGAAUUGCUUUUAAUGACCACCAUGAACCCCCUGGAAAUAAAAUCAGGUGUUUUUUUGUUUUUUUUUAGAAAUUUAAUUUCAUUUUGUACAGGUGCAUAUCACUUAUUUAGAGUGUUGUAAUGUUAGGAUCUGAGUGUUGAUUCCUGUGAUUAGACUGACCGGUGUAAAUAAAUUUGGCCAGAAAUCAUUUGCUCAGUUGCAGUAUCUUUAAGAAAAAAUGGUCUCUUUUGUAAAAUUUUUAGAAUCAGGAAGGUUUUGAAUUCCACUGCACUACAAAAAAAAUUGGAAAAAUAUGAACACUGGGCAAAUGAUUUUAGUAUAAUAUAUAUAUUGUGUAAGUGUAGUGUGUGUUGUACAACCCUGUUAUGUAAUUUAUAUAAUUUACAGAUAAUUGAUUUCUGUGGUUAAUUAUAUAUGAAACUUGAAAAAUGACUUUCCUUUAAAAAAAUUUAAUUAAUGAACAACACAUUACGCAUUGGAAGAAAAGUGUAUAUUGUUAAGUUUUGUGGUCGCUCUAUACAGAAAGAGUCAAAGUGAUUUUAAUGUUCCAUUAUGUCAGAUAUUUAUAGAGUCAGAUAUAUUAAUAUACGUAGUUAUAAAUAGAAUGCAUGUCUUUCUUAAUAUUCUUACCUCUAGAAAAUAUAACCUAUUGUUGUCAUGUUGAAUGUAGGAGGAGGAUCCAAGAAUUUCUUAAAAGUAGUCAAAAGAAAAUUUAGGCAGUUUAUCAUUGUGUACAAAGUUUUGAAAAUUCAUGAAAUUUCAUUUUCUGAACAGAUGAAUAUUGGAUCGUUCUCCCGUUAUUUUCCAAACUCCUUGAUGAGCUGUUCACAACAGUCACAUGUGUAUACUUGACCUACAGGAUAUCAAUGUUUCCCCACAUCAUAGUUUUGAUGGCCCUUUUUCCCCCUUGAAAUUAUAUUUGCAUGUUGUACUUACUUAACAUUCAUCAUAUAUUAUUUAAAAAGAAAAAAAAAAUAUGGAGUAAUGUUCCAUUGUAUUAACAAAGUAAAAUGUCUGUGUGCUAGCAGAAGCUACAUUUCUCAGCUUUUUGAUGAGCGUGGAUGAGAUUUGCUUUAUUUUCCUUUGAUUUAAUCAGGGAUAUUUUUUUUCUCAGGGUAAAUUCCCAAGUAACUGUUUGAGUUGCAUUAUCAUUGUAUCAGUCUGUGCAACUGUUUUAUAUUAUUAUUUAAGUGUAGAACUUAAUUCUUCCCCUCUUUUUUAUACAGAAAAAGAAGCAAAUGUUGCCAACUAUUUAUAUUUAUACUUUUUAAGUAAUUAUGAAAUGAACAAAAAAAAAAAUAUCAUUGAGUUGCUAAAGCAGCCCCCUGCCAUUGCCACAUGUGACAAUGUGACUAAUGAAUGUUUGUGACUGGCAUCAAAUGCAGGCAUAGAAGAUUCAUCCUUCAUUAAUUUGUGUUGAGAUGUUUUUAUCAAGGUCAAACCUGUUCCUGUCAAGGACACUGCCACGUGGAACGCAAGCCAAUGAAAACCUCAACAUUUUUUUUAUAUAAUAAUAUAUAAGUGUUCUCCAUGAAUACAUUGAUUGAUCUCAAUAUUUAUAUAUUGUGUAUGCAUGACAAAACACUAUACUUGAAUGCUUUUUGACGUGUAAACAUGAAAAAUAGAACCCAUUAAGGGCCAGUAAGUAAUAUAUGUUACAAUGAUAAUCUGUCCAGAAUAUGUUCAUAAUAAUGUAUGUUUUUCCUUUUUAUCAAUAUGUAUAAAUUGCUUUGUGAUUUUUUGCUUUUUAUAGUGUAAAGGUUUGUGUUUGAUCUUUUUCCUGAGUCGCUCAAAUAUUCACUGUAGGCAGAAUUACACAUUGACUGUUCUUAAUCUUAGUAUUGGGAAAAAAAACCAAAUGAGGAGUUUACUAUUUUUUUUUUUUUUGAAAGUCUACCUCAGAGAUUUCCAGAACAAUAUAUAACAUGGUGAUUGUCCAUGUUGUAUGUUGAGUCUGGUGGACAAUAACUGGUUCAGUCAUACUUAUUUAAUCUGUCCUGUAGAUGUAAAGAAGUGAAGGAAACAUUUUGUUUUCAGAUCCCAGGUGUGGGGUGUUUCUUUGGUGCAUCUCUAAUUUACAUUACUUUAUUUGUCUUCCACUGUUGAGAAAAGAAAACAUGACUGACAUCGAACACCCAUUUUCAAAAUUCUUGAUAUUCAGAAAUUUUAUGUGUGGUCUUUGUUUCUGCCCAGAAACAAGGCACUGGUGGGAUUACGUAAACAUUCAUAAAGGGGGAGGGGGUAACUCAGUAAAAUUAAAACUCCUCAAAAUGUUUCCCUCCAUUUUAACAAUAAUGACAGAUUGCAACCAAAUGCCAGUAUAUAAGUUAGAGACAUUCCGAAGUGACCAGUGUGACGGAAUAUUUAUGUGUCCUCUCAUUUGUACAUUACAUUAUUAAAGCAUUGUAUUGAAAAUAAA